AUGUCCCGCUCCUUCCCCUUCCUGCUAGGAACUGUGCCUCUUAAUACCCACAAAAUGAACCACAGCAACUGCAGUGUCACAGCCUAUGAAAACUUCCCGCUUAUCCAGCUGUGUGUUUACAUCCCAGUUUUACUUUUGGGCAUUUUGCUGAAUGUGUUGGCGCUGUGGGUGUUCUGCUGCAAACUUGGCAAAUGGACAGAAACCAGAGUAUACAUGGUCAACUUGGCUGUGGCUGACUGCUUGCUGCUCUUUACUUUGCCUUUUAAAACUUUAUCCCAGUUCCAUCAGCUGAAGGUAGAUAGAUGGUGCCUGGUUCUGGAAGCUGGCUAUUUCAUAAACCGCUUAAUGAGCAUCGGUAUCAUCACUGUCGUAGCAGCUGAUAGGUUCCUUGCAAUCAAGUACCCUUUGAAAGCCAAG